AAACAAGUUAUAUGCCGCUCAGUCGAGACACCCUGUAAUUUGACCAAACACACCCUCCGCCUGUGACUCACGGAGCUCGGCUCGGCUCGGCUCAGCUCGGCACCGUCCACAGCGGAACAACAUGCAGGAUGUCGAGCAUGGAGACAGCCGCGGAACACGAGCGCAUCCUCCGGGAGAUAGAGAGCACAGACACCAACUGCAUCGGACCGACGCUCCGCUCGGUGUACGAUGGUCAGGAACAUGGCCUCUUCAUGGAGAAGCUGGACGUCAGGAUCCGCAACCACGACCGGGAGAUCGAGAAGAUGUGUAACCACCACUUCCAGGGCUUCGUGGACUCCAUCACCGAGCUGCUCAAAGUCCGAGGAGAAGCUCAGAAGCUGAAGAGUCAGGUGACGGAGACUAACCGCCGUCUCCAGGACGAUGGAAAACAGCUCAUCACCUCCAUGGAGGAGCUGAAGCAGUGUCGAGUUCAGCAGAGUAACAUCGCGACCACCAUCGACAAGCUGUCGCACUGUUUACCAGUUCUGGAAAUGUACAGCAGACUUCAGGAGCAGAUGAAGGCCAAAAGGUACUACCCGGCCCUGCGGACACUGGAGCAGCUGGAGCACACGUGCCUCCCCAGAGCGGGUCAGUACCGGUUCUGCUCCAUCAUGGCGGAGAACAUCCCGGUGCUGAGGACGCAGAUCCGCGACACAGCCAUGACGCAGCUGCGUGACUUCCUGGAGAGCAUCCGAAAACACUCGGACAAGAUCGGAGAGACGGCCAUCAGACAGGCUCAGCUGCAGAGAUCUCUGGACAGCUCUGUGUCCACACAGCCCAGGCCUCUGAUUGGUCGACGCGGCAGGAAGGAGGCGGUGGCCUCUGUGGCGUCCACGGUGACAGGCGUGGACAGUGAUGGACACGGAGGAAGUCCAGUGUCUGAACAGGACUCUGGGAUUCUGGAUGUGGAAGAUGAGGAAGAGGAAGAAGUUCCAGGAGCUCAGGACCUGGUGGAUUUCUCUCCAGUUUAUCGUUGUCUUCAUAUCUACACUGUCCUGGGGUUGCGUGACGUGUUUGAGAACUACUACAGGAAACAGAGGAGGAAACAGGCUCGUCUGGUUCUGCAGCCUCACUCUAACAUGCACGAGACUCUGGAAGGAUACAGGAGAUACUUCAAUCAGAUUGUCGGGUUCUUCGUGGUGGAGGAUCACAUUCUCCACACCACUCAGGGUUUGGUCAACAGAGCGUACGUGGAGGAGCUGUGGGAGCUGGCGCUGUCCAAGAUCGUCGCCGCUCUCAGGACGCACUCGUCGUACUGUGACGACCCGGACCUGGUGCUGGACCUGAAGAACCUCAUCGUCCUGUUCGCUGAUACACUACAGGGUUACGGUUUCCCGGUGUCACAGCUCUUUGACAUGCUGCUGGAGAUGAGGGAACAGUACGGCGAGAUCCUGCUGAAGAGGUGGAACAUCACCUUCAGGCAGGUGCUGGACCAGGACAACUUCAGUCCAAUCCCAGUGUCAACAGAGCACGAGUACAAACACUACACUUCCCAGUUUCCCCUGCAAGACCCCGAACUGGAGAAGCUUCCGUUUCCAAAGAAGCUUCCUUUCUCUGAGUUUGUGCCAAAGGUCUACAGUCAUCUCAAGGAGUUCAUCUACGCCUGUCUGAAAUACUCUGAGGAUCUGCACCUCAGCUCCACUGAGGUGGACGACAUGAUCCGCAAGUCCACAAAUCUGCUGUUGACCAGAACCCUGAGCCACUGUCUGCAGUACGCCAUCAAGAAGAAGAACGUCGGACUGGCAGAGUUGGUGCAGGUGAUCAUUAACACCACCCACCUGGAGCAGAGCUGCCACUUCCUGGAGGAGUUCAUAUCAAACAUCACCAACGUUCCUCCUGACACGGUCAACGCCACCAAACUGUACGGAACGUCCACCUUCAAGGAUGCUCGUCACGCCGCAGAGGCGGAGAUCUACACCAGCCUCAACGCUAAGAUCGACCAGUUCCUGCAGCUGGCCGAUUACGAUUGGCUGGCCCCGGUGCAAGGGGGCGGAGCUCUGGAGGCCAGCGACUACCUGCUCGACCUGAUCGCGUUUCUGAACAGCACCUUCAGUGUCUUCACCAACCUACCUGGUAAGGUGGCACAGACGGCGUGCAUGUCGGCGUGUAAACACAUCUCCACGUCCCUGAUGCAGCUGCUCCUCGACCCCGAGGUCCGCCAGAUCUCCAUGGGAGCGCUGCACCAGCUCAACGCCGACGUCAAAGAGUGCGAAGGUUUUGCCAGAGCCGGCCCGGUCGCAGGCUUCCAGGGCGACACGUUGCUUCUGGCCUUCAGUGACUUGAGACAAUUACUGGAGUUGUUUACUCAGUGGGACUGGUCCACGUAUUUGGCAGAUUAUGGGAAACCCUCGUGUAAAUAUCUGCGAGUGAAUCCUCACACGACGCUGACUCUGCUCGACAAGUGAGUUCAUUCUGUUCUUCAUCCACUCAUCACUUCAUCAGGUUCACUCUUGAGUUUCUAGAGAACUAACAGUUUUUAAAGCACUUUAAAGUGAGAUUAAGAGUUUUACAAACACUUUACAUUGAGAUGAACAGUUCUUAAAGCACUUUAAAGUGAGAUAAAGAGUUUUACAAACACUUUACAUUGAGAUGAACAGUGCUUAAAGCACUUUACAUUGAGAUGAACAGUUCUUAAAGCACUUUAAAGUGAGAUUAAGAGUUUUACAAACACUUUACAUUGAGAUG